AUGUGUGGAGUUUUUGUAGCCGCUGAUGCGCUUUUGAAGAUGCGAGCCGAACUCUUGGAAGCCGCUCAUGCGCACAAGGCGGCGAUGUUAGCGUUUGAGAAGCAACGCAUUUCUUUGUUUCAGGAGGCCUCUGAGGCGCAGAAGCUUUUGGCAGGUAUGGAAAAGGAAGAUCUUUUUUGGAAGCUGUGGUGGAAAAAGUUAUUUCUUCUUCAGGCCAGGCUUUUAUCCCGUGUGGCUCACCAACGAUUAGUUUUGGGGGCGGAACGAGUUAGUCAUGGAAAGGGCGUCUUGGCGCACCUGGUGAUGUGUUCGCCUCGAGUACAGCUGGGUGUGGUGGAAGGAGAUGAGGGCUGUGUUCCGCAGGAGUGCGUGCAUGUGGGCAUGGGUGCCAUUCCCAUUCUUCGUAAUACUGGGGUAGAGCUUCAAUUUCGCCUUGUUGCUUGCGGCGCCAAGGAUAAUGGCGGUGGAUAUUGGCAGGAAUUUAACGAGUAUUAUUUUAAGAGAAUUCAACGAGUCCCAUUUGUUCUGACAUAUAUUGCAGGGAACGGGGGGCUCACAGAGAGCAGCAGUAUACUUGCGUACGCUGAGACCGCGACAGAUGGCAGUACUGCCUGCAUAAUAACGUUUCCAUAUGUGCUCCUUGAUGAUGCUGAAGUCAAUUCAUUUCACACCCUGCUCGUCACUCACCCUCGCACACAGUAUGGCAUUAUUCCACCGUUGGAGGUUACACUUCUUCUCUUGGCACCUCCUGCUAUUGUCGUGAAGGACGUGUCACUCGAUGACAAACUCACGCAUGUUGAAAGUCAUCUCAAGUACCAAAGAAAAGAUGAAUUAACUCCUGCUUUCAGAAGGGAACUUCAAGUGUGUGUGGAGGUCUGUACUGAUGAAAUUGUCACGCAAAUGUUGUUUGAAUGUGUUGAGAAGGAUCCUCAAGGGAAAACUUACUUGGUGGAAAGGAAGCAAUUGGAUGCGGGGGCUUGCAAGAGACGCUUUUUGGAAGAGGGACACUGGAUAUUCCGUUUUUGCAUGGCGAUCGCGGUGAAAAAUGAGCAUAAUGAGGCAGGUGUGGCAUUGACGGUGGUGGUUGAAGUGACGCUGGAGUCCAUGCCCCAUCAUGUCUUCCGUGAGUUUAUUCCAGUGGUUUCCCCUUUGGAGAAGAAAAGUAAUAACGCCCCUAACCGCCCCACUGCAAACUUCUCCAGGCAUUCCGCGAGUACGAGCUCCCAAGAGGUUCCUCAUGCUGCUGGUACCUUGGAGGCCAACGCCACGGCAAAGGAUGAUGAAGAUUUUUUUGAACUCUUUAGGAAUGACGAGAAGAAGGUAUUAAUGAUGGCAACAGAUGAUGAGGUUCCAGCUUUACGGAGUCCGUUGCUCGACCAAUCAAACUCAACUUUUAAGAACAUGAAUGAAACUGAAUGGAAUAUGCGACUAAAGUCCUAUAUCCUUGAUGAACAUGGGGUCAUUGGCCUCCCACUUCUGAAUGGGACAUCCCCGAUGAAUGUGUCUCCGCAUCUUGUUUGUUAUCCGUACAAUUCCAUGGGCGUGCCACGUAGUGGUGUUGGGGUGCCUAUUCUUGGAUGGCAAGAGACACGACACGGAGUGACAGUGACUGACGAUUAUGAAAAGAGGCCACUCUCGUUGGAAUGGGCGUUGGAGGGAUGUGAGGAUGCACCUUUUUUCUGGCUGUUGCGGGGACCUGGCGGUGAAUGUGUUGUUUUGCAUCGUUCCAACAGAAGCAGAACCAAUAACAGUAUGGAGGCCUGUUGCUUUAAACGUUUUCCUCCGUUGUCGCCCCCUUCACGCGUCGUUGCCGUCGAUGUUAAUUGUCGUAGUGCCAAUGACUACGUUGUCAAGUCGAUGUUUUCAGCUUCACUGCAGUGUCUUGUGUGUCAAUGGGCUUCUGGUAGACUGACCUGCACUGAGCCUGGAGGGGAGUCGAUGACACUUUUGGACGACGACGACGACGGUAUUCUUGCCACAUGCACCUGGAACCCGGACGAGGAGGAGGAUGCAUCUCUCAUUGUGUGUUUGCAACAGGGUCGUCGUUUCUUCGUGUACUCCCUUGAUGACCGGGAGGUAAUAGUACACUCCAGCCUCCCUUUGACGUGCUCUCCCGUCGGUGUGGACGACGCCGAUGAUAGUCAAGAGUAUAUUGGUGUCGCCCCGGUGCUUGGAGGGGAUGCGGUUGCGAUGUGGACAGCCACGGGGGUUGAGAUGCUUUUUCACGCCCCCACCUGGAGACACCAGAAAUUGUACACAACAGCAUCAUCAUCCACACAAAUAUUGGGGGUGUGCCCGGCGUACUCGUUUCCCCGCGAGACCACCGACAAUAAGAGCGAAGACGGGGCAGACGAAUUUGUUUUUUUUGCAACCGACACGAUGGGGACAAUUGUUUUGGUGCUGCUCCUUUCUAACGGCACUUGUGUAGGCCUAUCGCUGGACGGCAAAGUGCAUGAUUUGGGAUUCUUGUCCCCCUCCUUUUCAUCAUUGCCGUCGUGCACAUUGGGCACGUUGACUAUCGAAGAUCUGCCACAUGUCUCAUCCCUGACGAUGCGGCAUGUGAAGGUGAAUGGUCGACCGGUGAUUUUUAUUUGUGGGUUAACAGAACAUCACGUGCUGCGAUGGGCUUACGUGUAG